AGCAAGAGUGUCAGUAUGGCCAGAGCUGACAAAGCACUACCAGCUGAGCACGGAGACUUCUUUUAUCAUCGGUGACCUGGCCCUGACACGGAGGGACGGCAGGGUGUGCCACAGAUGCACGUAUGGACCCUCUGCAUUGUUUAUUGUUGGCAUUUAGUAAGUUCAAGCCAAAAUAGCAGCAGGAGUGGAUGCUGUGAGUAAUUUGGAGAUGAUCAGAACUCAAUAAGAUUGAGGAAAGUUUUCCAGAAAAGAACUGUUACCAGGUGUUGGAAAGAGAAAUAAGAUAGCCUAAUUGGAAUAGUAAAAUUAACCCUGAAAUUAUAAAUAAGAGGACUGUUGGCAGAACUGACGAGUUGAGAGCUAAAAACUAUAGAAGUCAUAAAUGGAGAGGAAAGAGAGUGGACAUGAUAUAAGGGGAAGGGAAGACUAUAGCAAACAAAUGCCCAACCAUAUCUAUUGGGUCUGAUACUAUGACCAACUCCCAGGUGCCUCUGCCUUCACCUUCUUGCCUGAGGGCUUUCUCUGCAGCACACAUAGUGUGGCCAGGAGUGCUGGGGAAUUAAUGUGCUCCCCUGGUCCAGCAGCGCUCCUCAGCGACUGACAGGAGAUAGUGAGCAAACAGCCCGACUACCUCACCCUUCUUGAGUAAGAUGAUUUCGAGGUGUGUGUUUUAUACUGUUUCCCAGAGCUUCUCCCCACCUGGGAUUGAGCUCUGAGCUGCCUUCUCUUCCUUACCUCACUGCUGGUGUUUCCUGGGAUCACCUAAAUAAAAUGCUUGUGGUUGAAUUUUCACCUCUGGAUCUACUUCUCAGAGAACUCAAACUUAAGAUCGGCCAUUGAUGAGCACAUGGGACCUAACUGGAGUCUGCCUUUCCUCUCCCCUGCUUCAUUCUGGGAAGUUCUGGGGGGCCCUUGCCCUACACUUGUCAGCCAAAUUAUUGGACAGGAUGUUGAAAGAUGGUCCUAAAAUCAUGGGGCAGAGUGGAAAGAACUGGGAGAGUCCCUCCCCCUCCACCCUGUGGCACUGUCUGGUCCUUCAGGCACCUUUGGGGAAUGUGAUUCAGAGGUCGAUGUGCUACACUGGUCCAGAUACAACUGCUUCCUGCUCUAUCAGAUGGGGACCUUCUCAGCCUUCCUGGAGCUGCUCCACAUGGAAAUCGACAACAGCCAGGCCUGUAGCAGCGCUGUUCGAAAACCAGCCAUCUCCAUUGCUGAUAGCACAGAGCUCCGGCUUCUCCAUGCAUAAUGAGGAGCCUUUUGCCCUUCUGCUUUUCUCCAUGGUUACCAAGUUCUGUAGUGGCCUGGCUCCCCACUUCCCCAUAAAGAAGGUCCUGCUUCUGCUUUGGAAGGUGGUCAUGUUUACCCUCGGUGGAUUUGAGCAUCUACAGGCUCUCAAAGUACAGAAGCGGGCAGAAUUGGGCCUGCCGCCACUGGCUGAGGACAGUAUCCAGGUGGUGAAGAGCAUGCGUGCCGCCUCCCCGCCCUCUUAUACUCUGGACCUGGGGGAGUCUCAGCUGGCACCACCACCCUCCAAGUUGCGAGGCCGCCGUGGUUCUCGAAGGCAACUCCUUACUAAGCAGGACAGCCUGGACAUUUACAAUGAAAGAGAUCUCUUUAAGACUGAGGAACCAGCCACAGAAGAGGAAGAGGAGUCUGCUGGCGAUGGAGAACGAACCUUGGACGGAGAGUUAGACCUGCUAGAACAGGACCCUCUGGUACCACCUCCACUUUCACAGGCAACCCUCUCUGCUGAGCGGGUGGCUUUCCCCAAGGGCCUGCCCUGGGCCCCAAAGGUCAGGCAGAAGGACAUUGAGCACUUCUUGGAGCUAAGCAGGAACAAGUUCAUCGGAUUCACUCUGGGGCAGGACACAGAUACCUUGGUUGGAUUGCCCAGGCCCAUCCAUGAGAGUGUGAAGACCCUAAAGCAGCACAAAUACGUCUCCAUCGCAGAUGUUCAGAUCAAGAAUGAGGAGGAGCUGGAGAAGUGCCCCAUGUCUUUGGGGGAAGAGGUAGUGCCAGAGACGCCAUGUGAAAUCCUCUACCAGGGCAUGCUGUAUAGCCUCCCCCAGUACAUGAUUGCUCUGCUUAAGAUUCUGCUGGCGGCAGCUCCCACCUCCAAGGCUAAGACAGACUCUAUCAAUAUUCUGGCAGAUGUCCUGCCUGAGGAGAUGCCCGUCACUGUUCUCCAGAGCAUGAAGCUGGGCAUCGACGUGAACAGGCACAAGGAGAUCAUUGUAAAGAGUAUUUCUGCCCUGCUCCUGCUGCUCCUCAAGCACUUCAAACUGAACCACAUCUACCAGUUUGAAUAUGUAUCACAACAUUUGGUAUUUGCCAACUGCAUUCCAUUGAUCCUGAAAUUCUUCAAUCAAAAUAUUUUGUCCUACAUCACUGCUAAAAACAGCAUCUCGGUCCUGGAUUACCCUUGCUGUACCAUCCAGGAUUUGCCAGAACUUACUACGGAGAGUCUGGAAGCUGGAGACAACAACCAGUUCUGCUGGAGGAACCUCUUUUCCUGCAUCAACCUUCUGAGGCUGCUCAAUAAACUGACCAAAUGGAAGCAUUCCAGAACCAUGAUGCUGGUGGUGUUUAAAUCUGCUCCAAUCUUAAAGCGGGCUCUCAAGGUCAAACAGGCCAUGCUGCAACUUUAUGUCCUGAAGCUGCUAAAAAUACAGACCAAGUACCUGGGGCGCCAGUGGAGGAAAAGCAACAUGAAAACCAUGUCAGCCAUUUACCAGAAAGUGCGCCACCGUAUGAAUGAUGACUGGGCUUACGGGAAUGACAUCGAUGCCAGGCCAUGGGACUUCCAGGCAGAAGAAUGCACCUUGAGGGCCAACAUUGAGGCUUUUAAUAGCCGCCGGUAUGACAGGCCUCAGGACUCGGAGUUUUCACCUGUGGAUAACUGCCUGCAGAGUGUGCUGGGGCAGAGGCUGGAUCUGCCUGAGGAUUUCCACUGUUCCUAUGAGAUCUGGCUGGAAAGAGAGGUGUUUUCACAGCCCAUCUGCUGGGAAGAGCUGCUCCAGAAUCACUAAGCUCUUGUCUACAAGCAUCUGCUAGAUGGGG